AUGACUUUCCAUGCUUCACGGUUGCCAACAAUCUCCGAUCCAAGUGACAACAUAUUGUCUGGAGGAUCAAUGCUCAGUGAAUCAUUCAACAAUCUACAAAGGUCUGGACAAACGUUGGGGCGAGAAAAUUUAUCAGAAUUACACGGCUUUCCAUCAACACCAUGUUUGCCAUUGACCCAAAUCGUGCAAAGGGAAAAGGAGGUUUGCCCGGCUCCUUUUGUGGUGGUGAACGAUACGAUACUCGACUCGAGUUUGGCACACAAAGGAGGACGACGUAUUCCGCGGAUUGUCCAUGUAACGGCAAAAUCUAGAUGCAUGCCAUCACAGUUCUCCACAGUAAUUGACGCUUGGCGAUUUGAGGAUCAUUCAUUGUUUGUGCACAAUGACGCGGCUGUGGACAAGCUCUUGUACCGUGUUUGGCCCGAAUUUCCACAACUUCAAAAGGCCUUGCACUGCUUGAAGUCGGGUGCUGCCAAGGCCGAUUUGUGGCGAGCUCUGGUCCUCUGGGAGUAUGGAGGAAUAUACACGGAUAUCGACAAUCUCCCGAAACUUUUCAAUGGCACAACAAUUAAGAACGAAGACCAGUCAUUUUUCGUUGUUGAACGUAUCGGAGUCCCGUCCCAGUACUUUAUGGCUGCCGAGCCGCACCAUCCGCUAUUGUACCUUUUGGUUCAAGUGACCCUUCACCGGCUUUAUGAUCUCAGUGACGUUGAAAAUCAAUACGUCCCGUUUGUUACAGGGCCAGGAGCGUUAAAGAAUGCCUUCAUUGCCUUCAUGAACAAGCAAAAUUCGCCCGUGAAUUCGUCAAAAUAUGAAUCUUUUCAGCGUGUUCAUCAAGGACACUUCACUGGCUUGCAUAAUCGCACAGCGACGCUGGUAGGCAAGCAGCGCAACUCUAACGAGUACGUCGCACGUGGCGUCGUCCCACGAAAGGCAAAUUUGUAUAUGACCAUGAACAUGACUCAUUUCGGAAGGGAAAAAAAGGAGCCCAUAAUUGAAUCUUGCUUUCAACGUUUAUACAGGCGCGAGGAUUUUGCACUCAUUGAAAACACUGUUCUUUGGUGAAGAUAUCGUUCGCUGUCAGAACAAGCUAUUGCUAGCAGAAUUGGAGGCAAUUUCGCAUCCGGUAGAUGAUUCCGAGUGCGAAAUUCACUUGGCGAUCGGCAUAGCACUGACGGCAAUAAAGGAGCACGGCUGACUAUAAGGUGGCUACGGGCCGAUUCUAUAUGUAUAAUUUGGCGGACAACGUGUUAGUUGUCAGUUAAAUGGUAAACAUAGCUCACAGUCAACUUAAA